AUGACGCCCGAAGAGGAGCCCUUUGACAUCCAGGACUUUUCGGUCGCCUCGCCGUGGGAGCAUCUCGUCGCUGCCAUCGAGGCCCGCCUCCGCGAGUGGCAGGCCGACGAGGACGGCGCCCGGCCAGAGUCACUGGCUCCACUCCAGCUAUCCGCACCACUUGCAGCGCCGAGCGCGCGGGAGUUGGACAUUCCGUGCGUGCUGACGUGCCGCGGUCAGCCAGGCUCCGCCGUCGCGCGCAACGAACUCGCGUCCGAUGGCGAGCAGCUGACACCGCUCUGCCGGCAGCUGCUGAGCUGCGGCGACGACUCACUGCGGCGCGACACCUUUGCGCCGUCCCUCGUCGACCGGCUGCAGCGGUGGUUCGGCCUCUCCUCCCUCGUGCUGCUCGCGCCGCAGCCUCCGCGACAGGUGCUCGACGCGUCCGAGAUGGCGUCGCUGCAGGGCGCGCUGUGCGCCGCCGCCGCAGCCUCCCGCUGCGCCGCCGCCACCUUUGUGGCGCACGAGGCGGGAGACGCCGGCUUGUGCGGUCGCGCCAUGAGCAUCAACGGCGUCGGCGGAGGCGUUGCUCGCUGUCGUUUCGACGUCAAGUGCUUUGACGAGGUCGGCGCGAGCCUCCGAGGCGACGACUGCUUCCGCGCGCUGCUGCGGCUGUUUGCCUCCAAGGUACUGGGCGGAGCGAGGACAGGCCCGCGCGACGCGAGCGGCAGGCUGCUCCUCGCCGGCUGCGAACCUCUGCGCGUCUCCGCCCGCCGCACGCUCGUCCUCGACGAGUGGCCUCGCGGCGGCGCGGCGGACGCCUGGGACUCCGCCGCCGUCGCCUCGCUCUCGACGGUGCCCCUCUCUGGCGGCGCGGCGCUGCCGCUCGCCGCGUGGGGCAGCGACCGGGCGCCGAAGCGCGGCGGCGGGCGGCGCGGCGGCGGGCGGCCCCCCGGAGGCGGGUGGCGCGGCGGCGGGCUGCGGCACUGGCUGUCGGGCGCGGGCUGGAGGUUGCGCCGCAUGCCGCUCAGCGCGCACGAGCGCGACGCCGCCGCCGCAUGCCUCGCGUCGGGGGGCGAGGGCGCCGCCGCUGCCGCGAAGGCGCUGCCGGGCGGCCUCGCGCCGUGUGCCCCGUUCGGUGUCGCCGCCGCCGCCGCCGGCGGCGGCGGGGGAGGGGGCAGAGGAGGCGGAGGCAGCGGGAGAGGAGGCGGAGGCGGCGGGAGAGGAGGCGGAGGCGGCGGGAGAGGAGGCGGAGUUCGCCGAGAGCCGGACGAGCGCUGCCUCGCGGCUGCGGCCAAGCGUGUCGGCGGCGGGGCGGGGCGGGGCUGCCUCCGUCCGCUCCCUGGGCUUGUCGGCGAGGCCUUCAAGGCCGCCAACCCGCCGUCCACCUUCGCCGACUUUGUGCGCUGGCAGUCGCCGCACGACUGGGUCGCGGACGAGGGAGCGGCGACGGCGGAGGGUGGCGGCGGCGGCGGCGGCGGCGGCGGCGGCGGCGGCGUUUGCCAUGUGCGGGGCGUGUUGAGCGAGCGGAUGCGCGCGCCAGGCAACUUGUGGGCGGUGCUGUGGGAGGGCACGAGCGCGCUUUGCGCCGCGGAGCAGCGGCCGCUCUUUGACGCCGCGCGCGAGGCGCACAUCGCUCUCGAGGCGCUCGACGCGUCCCCGCUGCCCGAGCUUCUCUCGCAGCUCUGCAUGGGCGCGAUCGCCCACCUCCUCGACGCGAUGGCCCGCUGCGCCGCCGCCAAACUUGAGCCGCGCGCGGAGGAGCGCGCCGCGCAGCUCUGGGAAGGCCUCCGCGCCGCUUGCGGCGGCCGCGGCGCCGCGAGCGAUCCCCCCUCUGCGGCGGCUGCCGACGCGUUCGUCGCCCGCCUGGCGGAUUUCGAGGCGUCGCUCGCAGCGGCGGGGGCGCUCUCCGCCCGGAUGCCGGGCCAGACUUCGCUGGCGUCCGGCCAGCCGUCCGUCGCGCCGCCGCUGCCGUCCGGCGGCGGCGGCGGCGGCGGCGGCGAGGAGGAGGAGGCAGCGGGUGGUGAUCCGACCGAAGUGCUGCUCGAGCCGGACGCGCUCGGCCCGGCGCUGCUCGCCGCCGCUGGCAGCCGGCCGAAGGAGCGCGAGCUCCGCGAGUUCGUCUUCUGCGCGCCGUUUGCGCGCGCAGCCACGAGAUCGGGCGGCGCGCCCGCCCCUUGCGCGCAGCGCAUGUACGCCGGCGUUCGCAGGGACCAGUGGCGUGUCGCUUUUGCGCUGAGUGAACGGUGUGAUUGA